ACGGGCAGGCCCAAUGAGGUAACUCGUUCUGGGCCUGUUUCGAACGUCUACCAGCAUCGCCCUUUCGUCUCGUCCUUUUCUCUCAAGACUUGUCUCUUUGAGAUUCAGUCUGCACCACCGACUCCGCCUCCACCACCAUACCAUCACACCAUGUUGAGACCAUCGUCCUCGGAUGGGCUGCGCUCGGAGAGUGACACCAUCGACAGCUUCAGAGUCGACAAGAAGAGACUAGACAAGCGCAUAUCGCGGGACGAUUCCUGGAUAGUUACGGGCAAAGCCGGAGCUCGAACUCGACAAUACAUUCCUCCUCGGGGACUGCCAACGCCAGAGGCGAGCCCAACAUCGAAUUAUGUCGAGCCUCUCAUUGUGCCCACGCCAUGGGCACCCACUCCCCGAGAAGAACAGAUCGGGAUGGCGUUGGGGAGCCCUUCCCUAGUCCCGCCGUGGAACACUUCUGCGUCUCGCAAUCCGGCUGGCACGGGCAGCCCGGCCAUAGUUUCUCCGUUUACGGGAGCCGUGGAUGGGCCGUCGCCCGGUGGGCCGACUCCGAGGAAGGGCUCUGGCAAGUGGAAGAUCUUUGGGAUGUUUGGUCGAAAAGCAGCAGAUACCAGCGCCCAAGGUACCUCCCCAGUUCCAAGCCAGAGUGAUUUUGGAACACCCAGAACACGGACAGAUUUAUACGAACCAUCUACGCCGGGGGAUAUUCGGAGCAAGCCACCAAUCAGCCGAUCUCAGACAAUGCCGUCCCCGCGCGAGUUCGGCAAGGAGACCAAGAGACGGCCUUCAAUGUCGAGGAUGCGAAAGCCAAAAACGAACGACCUGGCCCCGCCAAUGCCAUCGCCAUACGGAAACAGCAACAACAACAGCAGUAGCAGCGUGAUCACCCCAGCUGUGGGCCAGAGUGGCUUCCUUGAUGUGAACAUUCCUAGUAUCGAGAUGGAGAGAUAUAGCAUCAUGUUUGAGAAGGUGUUGAAUCCUCAACGCGUCUCACUCUUGUCCCGGAGACAAGGUGCUCUAGAGCAGCUCAAGACUGCUGGCGAGGUCAAGAACAAUUUCAAGAAACAGACAAUCUCUCAACCCAUCCGUCGAGCCACUUCACCAAGCACAACCUCGCACGCUAGGUCGCCAUCCUUCACACUGUUUCCUCAGAGUACCACCCCACGGAGGACGGGACCAACAGGCAGCCAAAUGUUGUCACCGGAGAUGGCAAGAGCACGCUCAAACACAUCACCUGCUCAUCUGCCCUCGCCAACAAAAACGACUUUUGACCAACCGCCCUCGGAAUUGAAGGGAGCUGGAACGGAAGGUGCCCCGACGUUGACGUAUAACCACUUGCGAGACACCCCGCAAAACGGAAAACUCACGAUAGCGUCAUUGGCUCGAGCCCGCGGGGACCACAGGCAUCCGCCACGGACAUCUUAUUUUGUCGGUGAACCGAGCCCGAUCAUGGAAUCGCCCAUGGAGAUGGAGACGCCAACUGGACAGGCCGGCUCGAAAUCUGGCGGGCAAGUUCCGAAGCCGAGUGCGUACGAGCUCUCAAGACAGAUGGCAGCGGCACAAGCGCAGACAACGCCAACUGCAGCCAUCAAGGCUCAUGCGGCCAGCGCAUCCACAGCGUCUUUAACCUCUGCAUCUGCCUCAUCGGCCGGCGGGCAUGCAGCCAACUCAUCGAUAUCUUCUGCGCAGACAUAUCGCACCUUGAACUCGCAGAUCUCCUUGUACACGGACACGGACGUGGACGAGACAGACCCGAUGGUCAUUGGCGGGGGUCGUGAGAUGACACCAGCAGAAGUUUCUAUCGCUCGCCAGAUCUCUCUGUCGAGGCAGCAGCGCAAGAAAUUUCAGCCGACCCUCACCGUUGCCUCGACGCAGAACAAGGUUGGCCGGACCUCCUCGAAGCCAAGGAUACAGACCGACCAAAUUGAGAGUGCCCGCAUGGUAACCCCCAAGACGGCUACGCCAACGCUCGUGGUCCCCGAGGAUCCCCUGCACUCUCCCUACGCCACUCCUCUCGGUGUUGCGAGAAGCCGCAAGAGCGAAAGAAUCAUCAUUGAUGCUACGUAG